AUGACCAACUCCCAACCCAAAAAACAAAUCAUCCUCAACGCCUUCGUCAUGAACACCCCCGGCCACCUAGCCCCGGGCCUCUGGCACCACCCCCGCAACCAAACCUCACAAUACAAAACCCUCUCCUUCUGGACCAACCUCGCCCAACGCCUCGACCAAGCCGGUUUCCACGCCAUGUUCAUCGCCGACACCCUCGGUCCCUACGACCUCUACAAGGGCCCCGCGAACGUCACUCCCGCCCUCGCCUCCGGCGCCCAGUUUCCCGUCAACGACCCCCUCUACCUCGUCCCCGCCAUGGCCGCCGCCACUCGCAACCUGAUCUUCGGCGUCACAGCCAGCGUGACGUAUGAGAAGCCAUACGCACUCGCCCGCCGACUCUCCACCGUCGACCAUCUCAGCCAGGGCCGCCUCGCGUGGAACAUCGUCACUUCGUAUCUGGACUCCGCGGCGCGGAACCACGGCCUGAAGGAGCAGAUUCCGCACGACGAGCGCUACGCCAUUGCGCAUGAGUACAUGGACGUCGUGUAUAAGCUGUGGGAGGGCAGUUUUCGAGACGACGCGGUGGUGGAGGACCGUGAGAGGGGCGUGUACAUUGCCGCGGACGGUGUGACGACGAUCGAUCACAAAGGCAAGUAUUUUGAGGUCCCGGGGCCGCAUUUCUGCGAGCCGUCGCCGCAGCGAACGCCGUUUUUGUUCCAGGCCGGGGUGUCGGAGGCUGGGAAUGGGUUUGGAGGGAAGCAUGGGGAGGCGAUUUUCGUUGGGGGCCAGACGCCGGAGGGGGUUAGGGCUACGGUUGAGAAUUUGAGGAGGGUGGCGGUGGAGGAAGGGAGGGAUUCGAAUCAUAUUAAGAUUAUUGUGGGGAUUAAUGUGAUUGUGGGGGUUUCGGAUGAGGAUGCGAGAGCGAAACGGGAGGAGUAUCUGAGUUAUGCGGAUCAGGAGGGCGCGUUGGCGCUCUUUGGGGGGUGGACUGGGGUGGAUCUCUCGGGGUAUAAGGACGAUGAUGAUUUUCGGUUCAGUGACUCCCCUCGUGUUCAGUCGAUUGUGCGACGGUGGUCGGCUACGGUUCCUGGGACGGAUAAUCUUCCGUGGACGAAGAGGAGGAUUGUCGAAUACUUGAGUGUCGGGGGGUUAGGGGCGAAGGUUGUCGGCAGUCCGGUUACUGUUGCGGAUGAACUGGAAAAAUGGGUUGAGAUAUCCGGUGUGGAUGGCUUCAAUCUUGCACAUAUCACUAACCCAGGCACGUUCGAAGAUAUCAUUGAAUACCUUCUGCCUGAGCUGCGUCGCAGAGGUCUGUUUCGAUCCGAGGUAAGCAAGGAGGGCGCAACGGCAAGAGAGGUUUAUAUCGGCACAAAAAGGCUGCCUGAAGAUCACCCUGGCAGUAAAUACAAGUGGCGAGCUGGAGAAUCAAGUCCCCAAUACAAAUUGAAAGAAGAUAAGAAGACGGAGGGGGCGUGA